UUAGGGCAUGCCCUUGGACCGGCGGGGGCAUUUCGGGAAUUCGAAGCUGGGGUGCGGACACUGGACGGCGACCGAGUAGAAAAUGAGAAGACUCAUUCGUCUUCUUUCUCUCGGAUCCGAAAAAGAAAGGGGAAGAAGGAACUUUUCGGGUCUCGCUCUCUUUCGACAGCCGUCAGCGCUCUUUGCCGUGCCCCUUCGGUGUUCUAGAAGUCUCCUAAAAUGGCGGAUGGUCACGAAACUGACAAGAACAUUGAGAUAUGGAAGAUUAAGAAAUUGAUUAAGGCACUGGAGUCUGCAAGAGGUAAUGGCACUAGCAUGAUCUCUCUUAUAAUGCCACCACGAGAUCAAAUCUCUCGAGUCACCAAGAUGUUGGGUGAUGAAUAUGGAACUGCAUCAAACAUCAAGAGUAGAGUCAAUCGGCAGUCUGUGUUGGCUGCCAUUACCUCAGCGCAGCAGAGGCUCAAGCUUUAUAGCAAGGUUCCUCCCAAUGGACUGGUUCUGUAUACCGGAACCAUAGUUACGGAGGAUGGAAAAGAAAAGAAAGUAACUAUAGAUUUUGAGCCAUUCAAGCCCAUCAAUGCGUCAUUGUAUCUUUGUGAUAAUAAGUUCCACACGGAGGCUUUAAAUGAACUCCUGGAAUCUGAUGACAAGUUUGGUUUCAUAGUCAUGGAUGGAAAUGGAACACUUUUUGGCACUUUGAGCGGCAAUACACGCGAGGUGCUUCACAAAUUCACUGUCGACCUUCCAAAGAAGCAUGGUCGAGGAGGGCAAUCAGCAUUGCGAUUUGCUCGGCUUCGGAUGGAGAAACGUCAUAACUAUGUACGAAAGACGGCCGAGCUUGCCACUCAAUUCUUCAUUAAUCCAGCUACUAGUCAGCCGAAUGUUGCUGGGCUUAUUCUGGCUGGUUCUGCUGAUUUCAAAACAGAAUUAAGCCAGUCAGACAUGUUUGAUCCCCGUCUUCAGGCCAAAAUACUUAAUGUAGUUGAUGUUUCUUAUGGAGGAGAGAAUGGCUUCAAUCAGGCCAUUGAGUUGUCAGCAGAAAUUCUGUCAAAUGUGAAGUUUAUACAGGAAAAGAAAUUAAUUGGGAAGUAUUUUGAGGAAAUAAGCCAAGACACUGGAAAGUAUGUUUUUGGUGUGGAUGACACCCUUAAAGCUCUUGAAAUGGGUGCUGUGGAGACCUUGAUUGUUUGGGAAAAUCUGGAUAUUAACAGAUACGUGCUGAAGAACAGUGUUACUGGAGAAAUCAUCAUAAAACAUUUGAACAAGGAGCAAGAAGCUGACCAGAACAACUUCCGUGAUCCAGCUUCAAAUGCCGAAUUAGAGGUGCAGGACAAAACUUCUCUGCUUGAGUGGUUUGCCAAUGAAUACAAGCGUUUUGGUUGCACCCUUGAGUUUGUUACCAACAAGUCUCAGGAGGGCUCGCAGUUCUGCAGAGGGUUUGGUGGCAUUGGUGGAAUCCUGCGUUACCAGCUUGAUAUAAGAUCGUUUGAUGAGCUGUCUGAUGACGGAGAGGUUGACGAAGACUCCGACUAGGAAUUAGCUGACCCAUCAACAGAGCUGGCCCCAGGAUGUCUGCAAUUGACGGAUCAUUUGCACCCAGUUUCAUUCAGAUUUUACAUGAUUCCCCCGUAAUUUAUCUACAGUUUGUAUCUUUUUGUCUGUAUCAUCUAGGCAUGCGGCAUGCUAUAGAAUAUUUCUCAAAGCUUUGUGAGUGGCAUGACAUAGGUACUUCGUAUUUUCAUAAGCAGAACAGCAUUCAGCAACUUAAAGUUAAGAUCUGGUUGGUCAGCUCAAUGAAAAACUCAGGGGAAACCCAGGAAUUUCUGUUGGAUUAUGGUGCUGGAAGAGUUUUUGUGGUUACUUGUGGUUCGCUUGCUUUGCAUGUUUCAUGGCACGCUCGUGACUUUCAUUGUGUACUAUUUUGUUUGGCAUGUUUGCACCUUGACUUCGCUGCUAGAGUUUCUCAACUUACGUUUAAACACUAGCAGUUAGUUAAUUUGUGCAAGUGUCUAUACUGAUGGAUUAUGGUGCUUAAAUAUGUUAAA